GCGGCGGCGGCCGGGGUGGCCUGGGUUGGCGGACGGCGCGAGCCGUGCUCUGCAGCCCCCGGCGGAGCGAGCGGACGGCGGGCGCGACCCCACGGCUCGUGCCGGGCCCUGUCUGCGCGGGGGCUGCUCGGCGCGGUGCAGGGAGGGCGCCUCCCCGAGUCCCUCCCGGCGCCCACGUGGUGGGGAGGAUGGAGGCUUGAGAACCCCGGGAGCCGAGCUGGGGCGGUUUCCAGGACGGUGCGUCCUGUCCGGGCUGAGGUGCAGCAGUUUCUCCCUGGACUGGUGACAUCCCAGCCUCAGUUUCCUCGUGGCGAAGCUGCUCGUGGCGGCACACGGCUUUAGACCCAACAUGAGUGACAUUUCCUGCAAAAAACGGGAUGACUAUUUGGAGUGGCCUGAGUAUUUCAUGGCGGUGGCCUUCUUGUCAGCCCAGAGAAGCAAGGAUCCAAGUUCCCAGGUUGGAGCCUGCAUUGUGAACACAGAAAACAAGAUUGUUGGGAUCGGGUACAAUGGAAUGCCAAAUGGCUGUAGUGAUGACCUGUUGCCUUGGAGGAGAACAGCAGAAAAGAAGCUGGAUACGAAGUAUCCUUAUGUGUGCCAUGCGGAACUGAACGCCAUCAUGAACAAGAACUCGGCUGACGUGAAGGGCUGCAGUAUGUACGUCGCCCUGUUCCCGUGUAAUGAAUGCGCUAAGCUCAUCAUCCAGGCAGGUAGGAACCAGGCCUUUCCACUUGUCACGUUUGCACUGGAGCCUGCUCAUCAGCAGCUCCGCGCAGGUAUAAAAGAAGUCAUUUUCAUGUCGGAUAAAUACCACGACAGUGAAGAGACCACGGCCGCCAGGCUCAUGUUUAAAUUGGCUGGGGUUACAUUCAGAAAAUUCACACCGAAGUACAGCAAGAUUGUCAUCGACUUUGACUCCAUCAACAACCAACCGAAUCAGAAGCCCCAGUGAGGCCCAGCUUGUUAACUCCCCAGACAAGAUCCCCACCCCCACCCCCAAGAAGCCGCUGGUACUUUUUGUCCUGAAGCCACUCGCAGCUGUUUAAUAGCCAGCCUAGCACACGUCCCUAGCUAAGGUCUGUAAAACUCCGCACCGUCUCUGCCGUUCCUGCCACCUCAUGAUCUACAUCGGUUUAAGCUGUUGAUUUGGUUUGACUUGGAAACCGAGGGCCUGCCCGUGGGAGCUGGGGUGAAAGGUCUCUCCACCUUCCGCAGAGGUGGUGAGGAGAGCUCCACAGAAGAAUGUCAGCCCUCUGUCGUCCACCGAAUCCCCACAGCCGCUCCUCGCUGCUUCGUGGGCUGGAAGGACAUACAAAAAUUGCUUGAGUUUUUAGCAGUGAGCAGACACGCGGAUGGGAACAUCUGGCCCAAAUGAAGCAUACCCUCGGAAAAACAAAUAGGACCAAAAGGAUGGUGGUGCCGACAGAUUGCCGCAGGCGACUUGUGGGGAGAAGGCUGAGGGUGCCACUUGUCCUGGCAGGAGGUCAGCACAGCGGAACCAGGGCCGUCCCCUCCGUCCCCACUCCGUUCCCGUGGAGGGAAGGGACCCCUGUGGUUCCAGUCUCUUAUCCUCGGUUUGUUGGUCACACGGCUCCGUUACAUUUACCCAAGUAAUAAGUGGGUCCUAGAGGACGCGGCUCAUCACUCCCCAGAGACCGCGCCCCGCAUGGUGACAGCUGGGGCCGUACGCAUGGGUGACGCGUGGCAUCCCGGAACCCCGUUCCUCCUGCUGUGCGGAAACGUGCCGCCCCUGAUCCACGUGCCAACACGGUUCAUUUCCAGGGGCACCCGGCAACCAGAGAGUACAUUCAUUCCUGUCCUGUAAGAGAUUCGUGGGAAAUUCUGCCUACCUGGAGGCGGCAAUUGCACCUCAUUUGUGCCUUCAUCUGCACAGGCAGCAUCUUCUGAUAGUGUAGUUGGGAAACACUUCUCUGUGUGCUCUGCUUUUAACUUCUAUUAAACACAUUCAGUGCCUUUGAUAAAAUGUUUUCUUUAUCUCUGAGAUUAUUACCUUUUUUGGGGUGCUCUUUUUUCCUCAUGGUUUUCUAGUUCAUCCCUGAGAUUUUUUUUUUUAACUCUAUUCCUGAACAUUUUUGUAAUUUGGCUCUUUCCCAAUAUUAUUAAAAUUUUAUUAAAAUCUACUAGCACCAAA